AUGAAGAAGAAAUCCAAAGAGCUGACAGAGACUCAUAAUCCUGCUGUUUCUGUGUCUGCAGAGGAGCUUGAGGAUGAGGAGGCUGAUUAUGUGAAUUUAGCAACGUGCACUGUGAAUGACGUCCCAGCCCCCCCGGCGUCAGAUAAGAAGUUGCUCUCCUUUGCCAAGUCCUGGUCACCUGUGGCCAUGUGUUGGGGGAUACUGUUGGUGAUCAUGGCUCUCCGGAUCCACUUUACGUAUGUCAUUUCCACCAAACUGAGCAAUGAGACUGAACAGAAGGAUCUGGAAGUCCAGAUAAACGAACUGAGACAAACAUACAGAGUCUUAGAGGACAACAUCACAAACCUCAUGAAGAGACAGACCGACCCCUGUCAGACUGGAUGGAUUCACUUCCUGUCCAGCUGCUAUGCGAUCGAUCACCAGGACCCUCCUGAUCUGAAGACCUGGGAGGACGCUCGAGACGACUGCAGAGGAAGGAACGCAGACGUGAUUGUUAUAGACUCUCCGGAGGAAAAGGAAUUCAUCUACAACAGCAAUUUGACCAGCCACGGAUCCAACGGCUUCUGGAUCGGCCUCAGAGUUGAAGACGGCAGCUGGAAGUGGAUCAACGGACAUGAAGAGACCGAAGACUCCUGGAUACUGCCCCCUGGUGGCAGCCGACACUGUGCGAUGUCCGUCACAGAGACCAAAGGAUGGAGAGCCGAGAGCUGCGAUGUCAAACAUGCAUGGAUCUGUGAGAAGAACGCUCCGCCUCUUUAA